UUAGUUACAAAAUGGAGUCGCUUGAUACAAUAGUGGCAAAAAACUUGAAUAAUGAGAAGAUUAAACAAUUCAAUCGAAUAUAUUAUGGACAGGAAGAACAUUGUUUAUUGGCAAUUAAAGAUUCGACGAAAUCAAAAAGUGAUAAUUUGAAUUUGGAAUUGGCUGGAUAUCGUUUUGAUGCUGCUAAAGAAGACACAAGACCACCGAGAAAAGUUAGGUUAGGACUGAUUCAACAUUCUAUUGUUUUGGAUACUGCUAAACCAGUAGAAGAACAGAGAAAUGCUGUAUUUAACAAAAUCGAGAAGAGUAUUGUAAUAGCAGCGGAAGAAAAUGUGCAAAUACUAUGUUUGCCAGAAACUUGGCCUAUGCCGUUCUUUCUGUGCACAGGUGAAAAGGAAAAAUGGUCUGCUUUCGCCGAAUCUGCCGAGGAUGGCCCUAGCACUUUAUUUUUGAGUAAAUUGGCGAAAAAAUACAAAAUGUCGAUAUUAGCCUACAAUGGAGGCGCAGUGGUUGCCAUGAAAGGCGAUAACUGUGUGGCAAUCGCCACCGACAAGCGUUAUGGUAUACAAGCUCAAACCAUAUCCACAAACUUCCCAAAAGUGUAUCAAAUGGGACCCACUCUGUUUGUAGGCCUACCUGGCCUUGCCACUGAUACCCAAACUGUAUUUCAAAGGCUUAAAUUCAGAAUGAAUCUCUAUGAGCUGAGAGAGAACAGAAUAAUGAAACCCAAGACCUUCUCAGCGAUGCUGUCCAACCUGUUAUAUGAGAGGCGCUUUGGCCCCUACUUUGUGGAGCCCGUGAUUGCUGGUCUCGAUCCCUACACAAACCAGCCCUAUGUCUGCAAUAUGGAUUUGAUUGGAUGUCCCAAUGAGCCAGAAGAUUUUGUUGUGUCUGGCACAUGCUCGGAACAGCUAUAUGGUAUGUGUGAAGCUCUCUGGGAGCCAAACCUCAAGCCCGACGAGCUGUUCGAGACCAUCUCUCAGGCGUUAGUGAAUGCUGCUGACCGCGACGCGAUUUCUGGUUGGGGAGCUACAGUUUACAUCAUUGAGAAGGACAAGAUCACAGAAAAACACGUCAAGACAAGGAUGGACUAGUUUAUUCCAAAUUAUAUUAAUAAAUCUUUCAUUUUAUACUA